AUGGAUUUCACCCCGAAUAUUGUGGAGAUCUACACGCUGUACGGAAUCGGCAGCUGUUUGAUCUUUGCCCGCAUAGCCUGUCGAACGAAGCUCGUCGGUGUUCGCGGUUGGCAUCCGGACGACUACAUCAUCUUCCUCAGCUGGGCCUUGUACACGGCAGUCACAGUGGUAGCCCAUGUCUUCAUCAUCGUGGCCGGCGGCAAACACACCUCCCUCCUCACUCAUGACCAGCGCCGGUUGAUGCCACCAUCGCAAGUGCCAGCAUGGGUGUACGGAUCCAAGAUCUUCAUGCUGGGCCAGAUGCUGUACGCCUCCAUCGUGUGGUCGCUGAAGUUCAACAUGCUCUUCUUCUACCGUCGCAUCACGCGCGGGCUCUGGGUGGAGAAGCUCAUCAUCCCCACGCUCGCCUUCGUCGCCAUGACCGGAAUCGCCGUGCUCCUCGUCUUCACCUGCACGUGCCGGCCCUUUUACAAGCUUUGGCAAGUGUGGCCCGACCCCGGCGACCACUGCGAGCCGCAAAACUACGUCUUCUUCCUGUCCGUCCUCCUCAUGAACAUGGUGACGGACCUCAUCAUCCUGCUCAUCCCCGUGCCCGUCAUCGCGCCGCUGCACGCCUCGCUCCCGCGCCGGCUCGGGCUCUACGCCCUCUUCGGGCUCGGCGUCUUCUGCAUGAUCGCCGCCGUGCUGCGCGUCGUCUUCGUCUUCGCCCUCAACCAGUCGGGCAUCAGCGCCAUGUGGUCGAUCCGCGAGGACUUCGUCGCCGUCUUCGUCGGCCAGGCCCCCAUGGUGCGCCCCAUCUUCAGCCGCGGCUUCUGGACCGGCGGCGACCGCAACGACUCGUACGGCAAGGGCAGCAAGGCCAAGAGCUUCGGGAACCGCUCCGCCGGCAUCGAACUGGACAGCAAUCCCGAUCACAGCAGGCAUAGCCGCAAGGGCAGCUCCGCCGGCUUUGGCGGGAAGAAGAAGGAUCCGUACAGCGUGACGCAGAUUAUGAGUGAGAGCCAGGAGGAGAUUGUGGCGGGCAGAGCGGGCGAUCUGGAAAGGGGAAGGGAUGCGGCGGGAGACGAUAUGCAUUUGACCGUCGAGGUGAAGAGAGUGGUGCAUGUGGAGAGCAGAGAGACUACGCCGGAGAACAAGAUGGAACAGAGAGUCGAGGGCUGGGUAUAG